AUGAUAUUUGUGGGCAACUUCAAGGCGAAUGCGAUAAAAUUCUGUUUGUUGACGGCACUGUUUCUAUUUGCGCUUUUAUCGUCGCUUGUGCCUUUCAUAAUCAGAGAGAGGAAAAUUCAAUUGAAUCAACGUCAUGUGAGGUUUGCACCAGAUUUAAAAUACAUACUUUUCUGGAACCACCCAAAGGUGAAGAAAUUUAAAUCGUUUCACGUCAAGGCCGUAAGUGAAUUUGAAAUUGGCCAGAGUUCAUUUAUAAAACAAAAUUGUCCUCAUAUCAACUGCUACAUAUCUUACAAUGCCAGUUUAUUGGAUGGAGAUCAAAGUAACUUUGACGCUGUUGUCUUUGAUGUACACGACAUCAGUAGAUUUAAAGUGAACUAUUUCAAUUUCACCAGAUCUCCUUCCCAGAGGUUCAUUUUCAGAUCCCACGAAUCCUCUGAUAACCAGCCUGUAUGUAAUCCUGUUUUCGAUAAUUUCUUUAAUUGGACAUGGACGUAUAAGCUCAAUUCUGAUAUACCUCAUCCUUUUCUUAACAUUUACGAUUCCAAUAACAUGUUGGUUGGGCCAAAAAUCAACAUGACCUGGAUUAAAACUAUGAAGCAUAGUACUGUGGCAAGAAAUAAGUUUAAAUUCAAAGACAGAGCUGUAAUAUGGAUUAUUAACAAAUGCCGAUUGAAACAUAAAUUUCAAGAUUUUGUCCACGAAUUAAGACAAGAGUUAAAGGCAUACAAUCACACGAUAGAUACGUUUGGAUCUUGUGGGGACAAUAAGUGUCCGAGUAGUAAAUUGAACGAGUGCUACAAAUUGGCUGAGAGAGAUUAUUACUUCCAAUUAGUUCUAGAAGAAUCUACUGUCGAAGAUUAUAUUACUGAAGGUAUUGGGAAGGCACUAAAUUUAUUCACGGUGCCUAUUGUUCUUGGCGAUGCUGAUUUUAGAAGAUUCAUACCGCCAGGAUCAUAUGUCAACGUGCGCGCCUUCGACAUUAAGAAACUGGGAGCGCUCGUGGACUACCUAAUAAAAACUCCUAAGGUGUACCGCUACUUCUUUGAUUGGAAAAAUCAUUAUUAUUACGCUACAAAACACAGAACGGACGUAUGCGAUCUGUGCACCAAGCUGAACGCGAACGAACGAGAAACGCACAAAAACUAUGCAAAUUUCAGACAUUGGUGGAGUUACGAAUACAAAGAUAUUUGCGAGCGGAUGCAUCUGUACGAGACUGUAAAGGGAGAACUAGGAACAGGCCUCGAGGUCAUGAACCGGGGCACCGUCCAGACAUGUGUGAGACCAGGGGGGGGGAGUCCUUAGAGAUGUCGUUCGCGCAUAUCUCCGAGGUUAG